AUGAGGCAGUUAGCCAGACAACGCGUAUGGUGGGUCGAUAUAGAUAAGGACAUUGCUACGGUUGCAGACAAACGUGAUGUAUGCAAAAUUGUCAAUCCCACCUUAGCUAAAGAAUAUGUCAGUUGGCCCGACCCAAAACACCCGUGGGAGAGGGUGCAUAUCGAUUUUGCAGGUCCAGUAUUCAACCCGAUGUGGCUCAUUUGCGUUGAUGCCUUCUCCAAAUUCCCCUACAUUUCCCUGAUGACUACAACAACGACAGCUGCUACAAUAUCUGCGCUAGCUACAAUUUUCACCAUCGAAGGCAUCCCAAAAACACUUGCUAGUGACAACGGGCCGCAGCUUACGUCAGAGGAGUUCAACGUUUUCUGCACCCAUCAAGGUAUAAAACAUAUUACGAGCGCUCCAUUUCACCCUGCCUCAAAUGGACUCGCAGAAAGGUUUGUCAUAACUUUUAAAACGGCUGUCAAGAAAAAUAUCGGCGACGGCUUACAACUACAUGUGGCUGUGAGGAAGUACUUAUCUACAUAUCGUUUUAUGCCAAAUGACGAGGGUAAAUCGCCGGCAGAACUUUUGCAUGGAAGACCGGUUCGCACGUUACUGAGCCAGGUUUUCGAAUCACCGAAGGCAAGACUGAAUCCGCCAGCUCCGAACAGUCCCAAGUUCAUCGUAAAUCAAACCGUAUUCGCUCGUAACUAUGCGAGAGAGGAAAAGUGGCUAAAAGCCGUAAUUGUGCGACAACUCGCUAAUACGGUUUAUGUAGUCAACACAGCCGUCGGUUACCUUAAACGCCAUGCAAACCAGCUGAAGCCACGGAACUCAUCUGAUGCCGAAUCCUUUGUACCGUGGAUUCCACCAACCAAUGUAUCUUCAUCAAUUCAACAGCAGCCAUCCUCAACGGAAGCAGAAUCACAGCAGCCAACGCAAAUGCAUAACUCGUCCAAAGAGGGUAUACCAGUUCGCAGGGGUGCGCGUACUCGCCUGGCGGUCGAUCGCUAUGCAGCGCCAGAUUUCCGGAAAUAA